AUGGCUCACAGUACAUGUCCGACGCUGCAGAAUGUCGUGACUGUGGCUAUCACCUCAACAAUGUAUCGGUACGUGGCGAUAGCAUUCUAUUUGGUGUUCACAGCCGUAACUGAUAUCGAUACAUCACCCGUGCGCGUGACGAUUGACUGCACUAGUGAAUCAAAAGAGAGAGAAUCACUAAUCGGGCGAUCGCAUUUCAAAAGGAGACUUAACUCAGACGCGAUAUCGAAAGAUCGUUUCGACGUGGACACCUUCUGCGACUUCAUACAUAGUGCUAUACCGAAAUCUGUGAGGAACGGCAAAUUUAUCUCCAACGAAUACGAAAUCGAUCAGUAUGGUUUUAGUGACACCCAAAUACCGACGGCUGUGGCACCUCCGAGAGGCUUUGUUCCCAGUAUACCCAAAUUGAAAUUACCAAAACUAAAAGUGCCCGUUAUCAAGGUGCCGAAAUUGAAAUCAAGCUAUGCGAAUAUUUCACCGCCUAUAAUAAAAACUCCAGUAUUUCUACCGACAAUAAGAGAAAUUGACGAAGAAUCCAGUGCAGAGAAAAUGGAGAAGUUCAAAAAAGGAAUCCAGAAAAUGCUGCAUGUCGUCAAAGUUCUCGGGCAGAUUGAUCAGUAUCUAUCCGAAAGGACCAGAAUUGUCAUUGAUAAAUUGUCAAAAACUCUUGCUGAUUAA